CAGAGCAGUGCUACCUUCGACGCUGCAAAGACAGCACGCGAUGUCAGUUUAAUUAUUGUGUGUGUUUGUGUUACUGUGUCAAUAUGUUUUCGAGAGCGCUGUUAGUAGCGCUGUGUAUAGUGUACGCGACCAGUCUUACUCCGUUGGCAGCGCCAGGAGAUGAUGACUGCGCUCUGUAUCUCACAGGACCCGGCAGAUCUUCCGCAUAUGAUUACAGCCUCAACUUACUAAAGGGAAACUUCGCAUAUGACGGUCAACACACUUGCAUAACAUACGAGGCAAUCAAUCAAGCGUAUCUUGACGCCAGAACAAGAAUCUUGGUAUCACAACCUAAGGGCGACUGGAAAGCCGAAGACUUCGCCAGUGUCGGAGAAUUGGUGCUUGAUAUAUCUAUAAACUUGGCAAGAAUAUAUGGGCUAACUUAUGAAGAAAUAGAAAAAGGUUUACCACUGAUAGACACCUCUCGUACGUUGAUACGUGAAGUUUGCCCGCCAGUGUUCUCUCAUGUUGAGUGCCGCGCUGGGAAAUACAGGAGGCUGGAUGGUUUAUGCAACAACCUGGUGCACCCCACGUGGGGCGCUACUAUGGCGCCUUUCCAGAGGCUCAUCGGUCCGUUGUUUUCUGAUGGCAUCAACGCUCCCCGUAUAUCUCACACGGGACGGGACCUUCCCUUGUCCCGGGUGGUGUCCCGGACUAUGCACCCCGAUGAAGGCUUCCACGACCACGCUGGUACUGUGAUGGUUAUAGCAUGGGGGCAGUUCAUGGACCACGACUACACCCUCACUGGUACUCCAUUAGAUCCAAUCCACCGCAACGAUCCAGAGGAGUGCUGCAAGCGUCCGCCUCACCUCAAGCAUCCGUACUGCAACGAGAUCCGCAUUCCAGAUGACGAUUAUUUCUACAGACUGUUCGGUGUCAAAUGUAUUGACUUCGUGAGAGGUUUCCCAUCACCAAGACCCGGCUGCAGACUGGGUUCAAGGGUGCCUUUCAAUACUCUAACGGGUACCAUUGACGGUAACACUGUGUAUGGAGUCACUGAAAAAUUCUCAAGAAAGCUGCGUACUGGAUACGGUGGUUUACUUCGAAUGAAUCCUGUAUUCAAAGAGUACGGUCUGAAAGACCUUUUGCCGCUUAAACUGGACAUCCCCGACGAAGGUUGCACUAGGCCUAACAAAAAUAUGUUUUGUUUCGAAGCCGGUGAGAUUAGAGUCAAUGAACAAUUAGUUCUUACUGUGAUGCACACUUUAAUGGCUCGUGAACACAAUCGAGUGGCCGAGGCUCUAGCUUUAGUGAACCCGCAUUGGGAUGACGAGACUCUCUUCCAAGAAGCUAGAAGGAUUAACAUCGCUGAAAUACAACAUAUCACAUAUAACGAGUUCCUGCCUAUACUUCUUGGGAAGGACGUCAUGGAAAAAUUCGGUUUGGUGCUUGAGAAAGAGGGCUACUGGGACGGUUAUGACCAAAAUGUUAAUCCUGAUGUAAUAGCUGGAUUCGCUGCUGCCGCUUACAGAUUUGGUCAUUCUUUGUUACCUACUGCCGUUGAGAGAUGGUCUAAGGCCCAUAAAUUUAUUGCAUCAAAACGAUUGUCAGACCUUAUACGUAGACCAUAUGACUUAUAUCGUGCUGGUGUUCUCGACGAGUACGUUAUGGGACUAAUGAACCAAGUAGCUCAAGCUAUGGACGAUUCAAUUACUCAAGAGGUGACAAAUCACCUUUUCAAGAAAGUAGGUGCAAGAUUUGGAAUGGAUCUGGUAUCAUUGAAUAUGCAAAGAGGACGAGAAUUCGGCCUUCCAGGAUAUAUGGAAUUCAGAAAGUUCUGUGGAUUGUCCGGAGCAGAUUCCUUCCAAGACUUGUUCGGAUCUAUGGCCAAUGAAACUAUUCGCAAAUAUGAAUCCAUUUUUGAACACCCAGUUGAUGUUGAUUUGUGGUCUGGUGGUGUUUCUGAGAGACCUUUACCAGGUUCCAUGUUAGGACCAACAUUCGCUUGCAUAAUUGCUACACAGUUUUCGUAUUCACGAAGAGGUGACAGAUUCUGGUUCGAGUUACCCAAUCAACCGUCAUCGUUCACCCCGGAACAGUUAGUUGAAAUAAGAAAAGCACGUCUCGCGCGUAUCAUUUGUGACAAUACAGACAUCAUUGACACAGUACAAUUAUAUCCAAUGGUCCUGCCUGAUCAUGAGCUCAAUCCACGAGUGCCAUGUAGAAGUGGGAUAAUUCCAUCGAUGGACUUCAGCAAGUGGGCUGAACACACGCCUUUCGGAGGCGCUAAGGAAUACGUGAGUAGCUUCUCGUACAACUCCUUCCACGGCAAGAAGUAGAAUUCAUAGAAAAACUAGAUUAAUAUUAAGGCUUUAACGACACGAAACAUUUUACUUGGUAUUUCACUGUAAAUAAUCAUUUUAACGUCUCGUUCUAGCCUUACCAUUUGUGUAUUUGAGAUUGUAGUAUAAAACCAUCAGUAGUUUAGUUUGUUUUAUGUUGCACAUUAUAUCACUUAUAGUCAAUAGAUUUAAACAAUAAAUAGAUCUGUGUAAUAAUUUAUGUAGACCUAGUUGGGCACAAUAGCAAUUUUUAUGAACCAUGUCAAUUUAAAACAAGAUUUUUAUUCGUAACCACAAACUGUCUCAAUCAUUUUUAACAUUAAUUUAUAGUUUAUAAUUUGUCAGACAGUAAUCGUGCAAGUUAAAUAUUUUUAGGAUCUAUUUACAACACUAUUUUAACUCACGAUAAUUGUCCUUUAGCUAUGUAUAAGUAGGUGUUAAUUAAUGUACAUACUUUAAGUAUACGGGCUUUUGAAGCCAUUUGUGUAAUUGCCAUAUUUUUGUUUAAAGAUAAUUAAUAUUUUUUUUAUAUAUGUACUUUCAAUUACAUAAUUUCCAUAUUUUAACCUUCUUUAAACAAGUUCUUACAGUCCUUUUUUUUUGAUAAAUAAGAUAUUUUCUAGUGAAAACAUUGAAUUUGACAGAAGUAAAGAAAUUUAUUUAUGCUAUUUACUUUGAUAUUACCUACAUGUAGUUAGUUGGUUUUGAAACAUACACGAAUAUUUUUUUUCUUGGUAAUAGUUUUAAUUAUCUGAAAGUAAAGUAUAAAUUAAAUUAAGCUUCUCCAAGAAAAAAUAUGUUUUUAUCCUAGCAAGAAAAUUCUUAUUCGUAUUGUAGUAUGGUAUAGUGAUUGUAUGUAAGGAUAUGUUGCUUAAUAUUUUAUUAGAAUGUAAUGUAAAUAUUUACACCACGUAUAAAACACCUUUGGAUAGGCUAAAGCACUUUGAGGCUCAAAAAAAUAUUAUACACCUCCUAUCAAUCCUAUGUCGUCUUACACGCACCCAUUUUGACACUCACAAAUAAUGUUUUGUUAAAAUAUUUGUAGUUUUUUUUAUUUAUUUUUAGUUAAUAUAAAUCUAAUUAUGUUUUCUGGGUUAUUUUUUACACUGUAAAUAGGAAAAAGUAAAUAUGAUAUAGAAAAA